AUGAGUUCUAUAGUGUUGGAAUUGUUCCAGAACUUAUGCUGCUGUCGCGGAUUUUCCGAUGCAACUAUUAGGGUGAAUGAUAAACGAUAUAAGAUUCAACGAUUACUUGGAGAGGGUGGAAUGUCCUUUGUGUAUCUUGUGCAGCUAUCGAAGAGUUCUCUGAUUUUGGAAAACGGUAUUGUAACACCAGAAUUAUAUGCACUAAAGAAGAUUAUUUGCCCCGGUGUAGAGAGUAUAUCCAAUGGCAUGCGAGAAAUUGAAAAUUACAAACGGUUUCAAAGUCCUUAUGUUAUCCAAAGCAUUGACUCCCAAGUGAUGCAGGAGAAAGAUGGGUCAAAAACAAUUUACAUAAUACUACCCUAUUAUUCAUUAGGAAGUUUACAGGAUUCGAUCAAUCGGAGGCUGCUGGAGGGUACUUUUAUAUCAGAGGCAGAAUGCGUAAGGAUAAUGCUAGGAGUGACAAGAGGUCUACUUUGCUUACAUGAUCCUGCGUCGAGACAAGCUAACACCACUUCCAGAGUAAAUGUCGAUGCGGUAUCUAUGACUUAUAGUGACGAAACGGCGAUGCUUCUAGAAGAUACCCCUUUAGAAAUGGACAUGCUCUCUUCCAAUUCAGGAGGUGCAAUAGCAUAUGCACACCGCGACAUUACACCUUCAAACAUUUUAUUCUCUUCAGACGGUUUACCAGUAAUAGGUGACCUUGGCUCUUGUUCUCAGGCUGAUAUAACAAUUGGAAAUAGGCAACAACUCAGCGAACUACAAGAAUGGGUUAAUUACAAUUGUACGCUGCCAUAUACUCCGCCAGAACUUUUGAAUUUGAAAUUGAAUCAGGUUUUGAGCUGUAAAGUUGAUAUUUGGUCCAUGGGUUGUACGUUCUAUACUUUAAUGUUCGGUAUUUCCCCCUUUGAGCGAGAAGAGCAAAUACAUGGAGCUUCUUUAACCUACGCUAUAAACACUGGCAAAUACAGUUUCCCCAGAAAUUCCAGAUUUUCUGACGGCCUUUUAAAUGUAAUCAAGAAAUGUGUUCAAGUGGAUCCUAUACAAAGACCCACUACCAGCCAAUUAUUAAACCUUUUACAAGAUUUAGACAGUUGA